UUUUUUUCGGUUUCUAUACGCAUUAUUCUUCAAUUUACCAUCGGUAUCCGAGAGUCCUCACCCUACCUAUCCAGAAUGUCCUUAGUCCAGUCCCGGCACAGUGUAAAUGCACCCCAAACAGACCUUCUAUCCUACUUGUUUGGCUCGCCUUAUAAGAAUGAAGGAGCCUGGCCGUCAUCGGAGCCUCUUCUCGAAUCAGCAAUGGAAUGCGAUCGUUCAGGAUACACAAUCGACCUGAUCAAGAAUAUCGUGAAGCGAGUCGGUUGCGGCCUUCAUCAGCUGGGAGCGCAAGGCAAGCGAGUCAUGGUCUACGGCGACGCGAACAUCAACUUCCCCCUGGCUAUUCUUGGGGUUAUUGCUGCUGGAGCAGCAUGCAAUGUUCUUGCUCCUGGUCCUUUAGAUGAAUUGUAUUCCCGGUUGCGGCAACUGAACUGUGACAUUGUCCUUUUCGCGCCUCAGGAUCGAAAGCUCGUCUGCGUUGCAGCAGCAAGGUUGGGUAUUUCUAGCGAGCAUCUUUUCAUGGUUGACGAGUCUUUCGGUGGCGUGAAUACCGACGAUUGGGAUGACGGUGCUUUCAGACACUGGAGCCAUCUUUUAAAUACGCCUGGCGGUGACGAUUAUGAGUGGCCUAGACUGUCGCCUGCGGAGGCAAGGGCAACGACUGCUCUCCUGCUCUACACUUCCGGAACAACAGGAUCUUCGAAACUCGCAGAACGCACUCACUAUGGCCUUAUUGGAAAUAUUGAGCAGACUCUACAGCACUAUAACCUUCGGAAGAGAAGCAGAGAGACCAUAUUCUGCAAUUAUAAGUUCUGCGGUAUGGGAUUUCUGAUAUUGGGAUUCAUGCUCCCUCUGAAGGCUCGAUAUAAGACGAUAUAUCCUACGAGAUUUGAGUCCGGAACCUUCAUGCAAACAAUUGAACGAUUCAAACCUACCUGGCUGAUGCUCCCUAAGCACCUGGUACGCGAGCUCCUGGCAAAAUUCGACAAGCCCAGCUUCCCGAGUGUACAACAUGUCCUCACCGGCGGCGCGAUCAUCCCCUACGAAAUGGUCGACCAGUGGCAGCGAUUACAUGGAUCUCAAAUGCAGAGUACAUAUGGAAUGACCGAGGCAGGUUUCUAUACAUUCCCCGAUCCAACUCAGGUAGUAGAGGAUGCCACAACAGGAACUUUGCUUCCAAGUCUGGAGGCGAAGAUAGUUGGCGACCAGGGCGCUUUGCUAAGCAGAGGCCAGAAAGGACAUGUUCAUAUAAGGAGUCCAUUUGCCAUGAAGGGAUAUUUCAAAGAACCUGAGCAAACUGCUCAGACCAUAGCAGAUGAUGGAUGGAUCAAGACUGGCGACAUUGGCUGGGUUGAUGAGCGCGGUCAAUUUUAUAUUGUUGGUCGCCAAAAGGACCUAUUCAAAAUAAAUGGCGACAAUGUUUCUGCAGCUGAGAUCGAGAUGGCUAUCUUACAACAUCCGGAUAUUACCGAUGCCGCUGUUAUUCCAGUCAUGAGGGAUGGAGAUGAAGAACCCAUUCCUCGUGGCUAUAUUGUCAAGUCGAAAGACUCACCCUUAACCAUCGACGAAUUGAUGCACUGGAUGCAGACAGAAUUCACUUCACGCAUGCAACUCCUUGGUGGUGCAACCUUCAUCGACGAAAUUCCAAUCUCGAAUGUUGGAAAUAGCAAAGUCGACCGUCGGAAACUGAGUGAGCUCGCCGAGAGAGAGAUGCAGCACUAAGCCAUGCAGAGCAGGAGGCGGACAAGCCAAACUGGGGUGCUUAAAUGUCUGUCUGUCCAAUUUCCAUUGAUCGUUGCUCGUCAGCUCCCGGAUGUGCAAGAAUUUUUACGUUUCUAGAUUUGAUGAAGGCUGUGGCCGUGUGGUAACAUCGCACGACUUGCAAAGGACACGGUACAGAUCUUAUGUAGCAGUGGAUGGAAGCAUG